AUUAGUUCAGUAUUUUUGUUUUUUUGGUGUUAUAAUUGUUUAACUAAUCCAAUUGUGCUCCUGUGAUAACCUAUAUUUCUUGAACUUUAAUAAACUUUUCUACCCAAGGGAUGAUCUACGAAAAUCCUUGAUGAAUGUGUAAUUGAAAGUAACAUUAGUUUCUCAAGGGAAAGAUAAGUGUGCAUGAUGUAGUUGCAGAAUAAGAUGGUACAACAAGAACAAAUCCUACAAUCAUGAAGUAACAGUGUUAUCUUAACUUUAGAGUAGGUGACUAGGAUUUGUCUGGUUUGUUUGAGAUCAUAGAUUUUUUUUUAUUUGGUGAAAUUGACUGAGAAUUGAUUAUAAUCAGGCAAAUGUUGGUCAGGAUUGGCGAGACCAUAAAGGAAUUUAGCAUUGUUGACCAAUAUUUAAAUCAUUAGGAUUGUGCCAGAAAUUGAUCUAAAUCAGUUAAAGAUCAGCUGUAACUGAUUGAAUUGGUUGAAUCGAUCUAGGAUUAGCCUAUUUCUUUUUAUCAAUUUUUUACAUAUCAUUGCCAAAAUUCCAUUUUGUGAUAAUUUUAGGAUUUCACUCAGCUAAUUUCAUAAGCUACUGUAUUUAUAUGAUAUUGCCAAGAAGCGGGAGAUGAUCAUGCUUUUGACAUGGUGGUCAUGGAGGCACAUCUUUUUCCAAUAGCUUGGUGAUAACUGGAAGUUGCACAAGAGGAAUAGUUGUUCAGAGGAGAGAACAUCACACAUAAAAGGCCACUGGAGUAGUUGAAUGGUGGGGACAUUCUAUAGGGUUGGAGAAACGAUGAAGGAUGACAGAAUGAGACGGUGAGGACGAUAAGGUUAGUGGCAUUGAGGAUUUGGGUAUUAGCUUUACUCUUUCUUAGUAUCAGUGGCCACACACUCAGUGUCUCAGUUCUCAAAGCCUGGAAAUCAUUUGGAGGUUCAAGGCUGUCCUCCAUUUGCUUGAAUUUUCUGUGAGUGGAGGAGGCUUCUGGGUGAUUUCUGCGUGUCUCAUUUGUAGGAAAUAGAGGGUGACUGUUACUGCAGGUGCCUUGGAGUGCCAGCAGUGGUGUGGUUGAGCCAGCUGACACCUUAGUACUUGGCCUUGGUCAGCCAAGGUCGAUGGGCAGCCGGAUUUAAUAAUUAAAGCUGAUACCAUCAGAGAUUUGAGUAUUUGACACUGAUUACUUCUUGCAUCAAGUGUUGCAUUUUGACUUCACAAACAUUGAUUGAGCGCGAGAGGGAGAUGCAAUUCCUUCUGUCAAAAUAGAAAGAUGUUCUAAUCACCAGAGAUGAGAGGAUCAUUUGGUGCAGUUAUUCUCACAGGUUAUGGCAUGGUUACUUUCUUUCUACCACAACAGUUGUUCGUCCCGGUUGGAGCGCGUGAGCUUGAUCCCAAGAACUAGCCUGGAUUGAUGUCAACAGGGUUUGCGUAGCUUCACUUGAGGUGUACACGGAGGGACAAAUUUGAAGACCACAAGUCGGUCUUUAAAGAAGAGAGGAAAAUAUCAGGGCUAUUAUUCAUGGGUUUGUGGAAGAAUUUUAUGUUUGGAAGAUUGACAAGUAAAAGCAGGCUACCAAUAUGGACCAGUGCUGCAGGGCUUCCACAGUCUUUGGCAGAAGCUGUGCGCGAAGAGGAGACUUGCUCUCUCCGUUUGCCUAUGGCCGCCACCAAAGCAUCAGCCAUCUUUCCUCUGCUGCUGCUACUGCCACUGCUGCAUCUCCUCUCUUCUGGAUUCGCAGCUGCAGGACAACAAGAUUGCCCUCCAUUCUCCUGUGGGCAGCUCCGGGACGUCAAAUACCCUUUCCGUCGCAAAGAUGAUCCAACUAUCUGCGGGAACACAACCUACCAACUCAGCUGCGACGCCAACAGAUCUACCAUCAGGAUUGGCUCUGCGGACUACUUCGUCACUCAGAUAUCGUACCUAUCGUCCUAUUUUACUUGGAUCCGGCUGGUGGAUCCUAACCUCGCCAAUGGAAGUUGUGGUCUCCCUGCCCAACCUUUAUCGCCCACCAACUUGUCGACCGCGGGACUCUCUUGCGGUGCAUAUUACUGGGCCAGUUUCGUGAAUUGCAGCGAGACGAUCCAGAACGACACACGGUAUCACCGCCUUUCAUGUCUGAGCCGCAACGACACGCUUGUCUAUGUCAUCGUUGCCCCAGAAGCAGAUGAACUGGGCUACCUUCAUCCGUGGUGCGAGUAUCUAUCAAUGAUUCCGGUCGCUUAUGAUGCAUCUUUGUUCGACGAUCCACCGAGUUCAGCGAUCGACGCAUUCAGCAUCCUGCAGAAGGGGUUCGAUUGUUAUAUUCCUGGAAGACGUGGUGCGAUUAACUGGAAAUAUUUGAUGAUAAGACUCAGUCAGAUUAUACUGCUCUUGAUAGUGCCGUUCAUGGUAGGCCGGUUAGUGAUCGCGCCGAUCAUAGUCUGUGUCUUCUUUGCUCACAAACUGUGGGUCAGCCGAGCCUCCGUGGACACCGUGGAGAAGUUCCUCCGCGCUCAGCAAACGCUGACGCCCACCAGGUACGGCUACACCGACAUCGUAGCCAUCACCCGGCACUUCAGGCAGAAGCUGGGCCAGGGAGGGUUCGGAUCCGUGUUCAAGGGCGAGCUCGCCGGUGGCCUUCUCGUGGCCGUCAAACUGCUCGGCAACUCCAAAUGCAACGGCGACGAGUUCAUCAGCGAAGUCUCCACCAUCGGCAGGAUCCACCAUGUGAAUGUGGUGAGGCUGGUCGGCUACUGCGCCGAGGGAUCCAAGCGGGCGCUCGUCUACGAAUACAUGCCCAAUGGCUCCCUCGACAGGUACAUCUUCGCUUCCAAACCAACCACGGCCCGCACUUUUACCUCGGAAAAGCUCAUCGACAUAGCCAUGGGCGUCGCCCGCGGCAUCCACUACUUGCAUCGAGGGUGUGACAUGCAGAUUCUGCACUUCGACAUCAAGCCUCAUAACAUUCUCCUCGACCGCAACUUCACGCCCAAGAUUUCUGAUUUCGGACUCGCAAAACUGUAUCCCAAGGGCAACAGUCUGGUGUCAGUCAGUGCCGCAAGGGGGACGGUGGGAUACAUAGCUCCCGAGUUGAUCUCCAGGAGCUUUGGAAUCAUAUCGCACAAAUCAGAUGUCUAUAGCUUUGGGAUGCUGCUGAUGGAGAUGGCAGGAAGGAGGAGGAACGUGGAUCCUCGUGCAGAGAAUUCGAGCCAGGUUUACUAUCCUUCGUGGAUAUACGAUAAGCUCGCUCGGCAGCAGGAGAUCCAAUUCGACGACACCUCGGAGAUAGAGGAGUUGGAGAAGAAGCUGGCGGUGGUUGGAUUGUGGUGCAUCCAAAUAAAGCCAUCGGAGAGACCGACAAUGGCAAAGGUGCUGGAAAUGCUGGAAGCUGAUGCGAGCAGCCUACCGAUGCCCCCGAAACCCUUCUUUUCCUCCGUGGAUUCCACUUCAGAAACAAAGACUUGCUUGAUUUCAUCUUCCGCUGAGCUAUCCAUCAUCUCGGAAUGAAAAAUCAUUGUUCAAAAUAGUAGAAACAAGCGAUUGGAAUGGUGCACUACAAUAAAGAAUCCGAGAAGAGGUAACACGCCAUGAAGGUGGAUCAGUCGACGAGUCCUGUUUAGUUCGUCUAAUCUACUUAUGAAGAACUCAGCUUUAGCCUGAAGACUACGAAAAUUAAUUGCCUGUUGUUUACUUCUCAUUUCUAUAUAGUUAUCAAUGCGGAGAAAUCAUUCUCUCUUCCGAUGUACUAUUUAGUCGCGUAACACUGGUAAUUUAGUCGUACUAGUUAGUUCUUCUGGUGCUAUAAUUGCUUGUCUUUGAACACUAUAUUGCUUAUCCUUUCCCUGCCAAGAACAGAGCUAUCAUUAUAAUUUCUUGUCUUCGAACACUGCAAUGCUCAGCCUUU